AUGGCCGAUCUAGCUCUCGCUACUUACAACGGAGCCACUGAUAUUUUUGACAGGCUGGAGCGGAUUAUUGGCCGAGCGAGGGAACUAGACAAUCAAUGCAAAGAAAUUGGCGACAUCGUUUGUCUGUUGAGGGAUAUACUGCAAAAGAGGUCAACGUCCAGAAUUGACAGCAAGGUAUUCCCAAAGCUCUGUGAUAUACUCGAUAGUGCCGAAAACUGCGUUAUCAACAGCCAGAAGUCCCAGACAAACAAAGCUUUAGAAGUCUUCUGGCGCGACAGUUUACCCAGAGUUGAAAAAAGCCUUUUGGUCUGGACUACUUAUUUGACGGCUGAGAACACACUUGACUCGAAAGAAGAUGUUCUCAAGUUGCUGGACGAAAGUCGGCUGCAACUUGAUCGAACGGACCAGUAUCAUGCUGAGAUUCUGGAUAAGCUCAGCAUCCUUGAGGACAUCAAGAAGAAUCAAGAAGGUAUAGGUGCGACCGAUGAUGCAGCUGUGGACUUCGAAUUUGGCGACGCGCGUCUCCAGAUCACCACUGAAACACCAGAAGAGAUCGCUGGGACACUCCGACUCUCAGACUCUCAUUCAGUGUCCAUCGUUUGUACUAAAGUCAAGGAGAGCCUGAUGCGCAUUGGAGAAAAGGGCCCAAGGCAUGUAGCCAUUUACAGCAAGCUAUCAGCACGUUGUCUGGUGCAUCCAUUCUACGGUAUCGCCAGGUAUAAUGGAAUGCGUUGGCUGGUGUUCCAAAACCUUCGAGGCUCUCCAUCUCUAGCUAGUGCUCUCUCAGAUGAGGGGUGUCUACAGGAGGUCAUGGAUAGAGUUAAGGUAGCCGCUGACGUUGCAGCAACGAUGACUUACUUGCACUCAGUUGAGAUCCUUCUCAAAAGCCUGACAGAUCAAACGGUUCUGUUGGUAACUGAGAACUCGCAGUUGGUACCGUACUUAACGGAGAUCGAUCGAGCCAGAAUGAUGAAUGAGAUAACUGGCGGAGAAAAGUACGAUGCUCGAUAUGAAGCUCCAGAAAAGCAACAAAUUCGGCAGCAUACGAUACAAACAGACAUCUGGAGUCUUGGAAUCCUAAUAUGGCAAUGUAUCUCCCGGAAGCCGCCUUUCAGCAUGAACGAAAAGGUUCUCCAAGGCGAUCAAGUCACCCAGAUUAGGAAAUCAAUUGAGGACGGCAAUUUUGAGUGGGAUUCUGAUCACACCGACUCAGUCUAUGCUGAGGUUGCACGUCUUGUACGAAGAUGCUGCAACAAGAAUCCUAGAAAGCGGCCAUCAGCAAUGGCUGUUAAGGAUAAGCUCAUCGAAAUCAUGCAGACACCUCUGAUCCCACAACAGCUUCAAAACAUGCCAAGUGAGGAGAUAGAUGAGCAGGUUAUGCAACUACUCGAUGAUGUGAUCAAGGGGAACAAGCUACCUACUGAAUGCCAGCUAUCCACCCUCCAAAUUGAAAAUCUCAAGAAACGUGCGGGUAAAUUCGAUGGUAAAGCUGCUUAUCUUUUUGGAAGCGCGAUCUGGGAAGGCAUAGCAGAUCCAGGAAGCGAUUUUCAGCAUAAGUUAAUUCUGCGUACUCCUGAUCAUGACCUAGAUGAACUUCGAUGCCGUGUCGCGAUCGAGUUUCUCGAGCUCGCUAUCCAAAAGGACGAGAAACUUGCGUUUAAGCCCCUUCGUGAAGCAUAUAAAAAGCUGGGAGAAAUAUGCAAGAGUCAAAUUAAGUUGCUAAAGACUACAAAGCUCGGACGUAUUUGA